AUGAAGCUUUAUAUUUGUUGUUGUUUUAUUGCUUUAGCUAGUGCUUCACCUCUAGUUGAAAAGAAAGCUAUCAGUUUCGAAUCCGAUCCUGUAGAAUUUGUGAAGGAAUAUAUUGUGUCAUUUUUGGAUGGGUUUUUAAGCAAAGAUAACUAUGAGGUCUCUGAUGAUAUCAAACUAACCAAAAACUCAUACAGAUCAAACAAUAAUGAGGCUACAAGCAGAAGCGAUGCAGAUUAUGAAGAUAAAAUUGAAAAUUAUAUAAAAAGCCAUGAUGUUCACUUCAAACUUCCAGUUAUUGGUUCUGUUAGUGUGGAAGCUAGAAAUUUGGAUAGUGAUGAAUUGGACUUUAAAAUCAAUUUUGGAACUGGCGUUGAAGAAGCACGUAAAUCGAAACUCAAAAAAAUCUUCAUCCCCAUUUUGGUCUUUGUCCUCCUUAAAGCAAUGACCCUAGUACCUUUGGCCCUCGGAAUCCUAAGCUUAAAAGCCUGGAACGCUCUUCAACUUUCAUUCUUCUCCUUUGUAGUAGCAGUAGGUUUAGCCAUCUUCCAGUUGUGCAAAAAACUUGCAGCUGACAGUGCUGCUCCACAAAUUGCGGCUCACGAAGCCUGGCCAGCUCAGCAAUAUUACGCUAGAUCUUUGGACAGUGAAGCUCAAGAUUUAGCUUAUUCGGCUUACAGUCAAUGA